CACAGACAUGAGUGCUGAGGCCCGUGUGUGUGGCAUAUAUCGUUUGGAACACGUUGUGGAGAGUCCUGCUGAUGUCUGGCCCCGGAUUAGCAUCUUUUCACCACUGAGUCAUAAAUGGACAUACACGGGGCCGGAGGGAGAGGAGCACUGGCACGAAUACUACCCCUUCUGCCAAGGGACGUUUCAGUCGCCCAUCGACUUAAACUCAGAGCUGUUUAGGUACGACCCACAUUUGAUGCCCAUCGAGGUGCAGAACUACAACCUGUCAUCCUAUGAGCAGCUGACUCUGGACAACAACGGACACUCGGUCCAGCUGUCCCUGCCACCCAGGAUGCAGCUCUCCGGCCUGCCUCAGCGCUACUCUGCAGCCCAGCUGCACCUCCACUGGGGCUCCCCCGGCAUGCCGGCAGGCUCCGAGCACACCGUCAACAGCAAGCAGUUCACCGCCGAGCUGCACGUGGUACAUUUCAAUUCAGACAGGUACCCCAAUGUCUCUGCGGCAGUGGACAAGUCAGAUGGGCUGGCGGUGCUUGGGGUUCUCAUUGAGGUCGGAGACUACAAUCCAUCCUUCGGCCAAUUUCUUAAAUACCUCGACGGAGUCAAAUACAAGGAUCAGACAAUCCAGGUUCCGGCCUUUGAUAUCCGGGGGCUGCUGCCCGCUCGUAUGGAUGAGUACUACCGCUACGACGGCUCCCUCACCACCCCUCCCUGCUACCCCAGUGUGCUGUGGACGGUUUUCAGGAACCCUAUCACCAUCUCAGAAGAGCAGUUCCUGGCUCUGGCCACGUCCGUGUUCUCCUCCAGCCAGCAGGAGUCCUCUCCCGUGCAGCUCAAUGGGAACUACAGGAAGCCGCAGGACUCUGAAGACCGCAUCAUCCUGGUGUCCUUCCGAGAGGGCAGAGGACUGCAUGGUACCCUUACAGUGACCCCGGCUUUCCUGAGAAGGCAAGUCGUCCAGCAUCUGCUGGCCGGCGCACCCUCAGACCCAGAUGAUGAUCCACCGUCACAGCUGUCAGCCAAACCCGGCCGGGGGCCGCGGGCCAACAGGAAGUGGGCCGACCACAAGAGCCGCCGUAGCUUGAGCCUCGCUCCUGUGCAGCGGAAGGGGCAGCAGUCUGUGAAGCCUGUCGGCGGAGCCAGCUUUGGCCCCAACCACUGGAAGAACUCCCGGCCCUCUGGCCAUGCGAGGAAGCGUAGCCUUUUUAAGGACGGGCUGUGCUACAGCUCCAUGGAGAAGCAGGUCCACCGCCGGCUGAAGGGCUCCCACACCGAGCCCCAGCUGGUGGGGGCCCUGAGGGACGCCCUCUUCCCGGAGCUCAACGUGAGGAGCUACCUGGCCUGCAGGUCGGAGCUGGCCCUCCUCACCGUCAGGUUCCUCCUGCAGGGCCAGCCCAUGGACAAGGCUGCCGAGCAGGACCUCUAUGCUGCUCUAUCCUCCUAUGGGUCACAGAAAAGCUCCGUCAUGCACCCGCAGCACCAAACGCACGCCAAACAAAAAGGCCAACACCAAGCCAUGGCCCAGAAGAACGCCCAAAACCAGGCUCACCUCAGUCCCAUGUUCCUGGGGUGGGAGUGGGAGGACUAG